AUUGUUUUAUGGAUUGCAAUAAAAUAUUAAAAAUGUUGACAAAGUUAGCACUGUUUGUGAUUUUAUUGAUAUUUAUUUUGUCGUCAUUUACCGCUAUUUUGUUGAAUCGACUCAACACUGGCCGCGACUUUGAUGUCGACCUCCGAGAGGUUCACUCAAAACUUGUGUCGGACAACGACCCGAUCAGUUUGGAUGACCAGUUGAAGCAUACAUUUUGGUUUCUUCAGAUCACAGAUCUUCACAUUAGUCUUCACUUUGACUUUAAUCGAGCGCCAGAUUUGGAGCAAUUUUGUACCGAAUAUAUUGAUAUUAUAAAGCCGUCGGUAGUUUUGGCCACCGGAGACCUGACUGACUCGCGGACUAAAGUGCCGAUGGGUUCGGAUGUCAUCGAAAAAGAAUGGAUUACUUAUUGGAAUGCUUUGAAUAAAACUAAUGUCUUAAACAAAACCAUUUGGUUAGACAUCAGAGGAAAUCAUGAUAACUUUAAUGUCCACAACUGGAACAGUCAUAACAAUUAUUUUAAGAAGUAUUCAGUGAUGGGAUCACAGAAUAAGAGUUCGUACAGAUAUAGUGUCAAACAUGAGACAGAAAUUUAUAACUUUAUUGCUGUCGACGCCUGUUUGAGUCCAUCACCGAAAAGACCGUUCAAUUUCAUUGGUUUACUCAAUGAAAAAGAUAUAAAUCAAAUAAAACAAAUGAAAGUCCAGUCAKUGCAAGAAAAAUCCAAUUAUACCGUUUGGUUCGGUCACUACCCGACCUCUUCCAUAGCAAUGCCAACUCCUGGACUUCGAGAGAUUAUUAAUGGACCUUAUUUUUGCGGUCAUUUUCAUACUGUCGGCGGUUUAGUCAAUCACAUGUAUUCAACUCAACCAACCGGUUAUCUUGAAAUAGAAUUAUCCGAUUGGAGGGACAAUAGAGGGAUCCGAUUGGCGGUUAUAGAUCACGGACUCUUCAAUUUUAUUGAUUUCUCACUAAAUCAAUGGCCGAUUAUAUUGAUUACAAAUCCGAAAAAUGCAUUAUAUUUACAGCCAAACGAACCGUACUAUAGAAUGAUUAACUCGACUCAUAUCCGGACUCUUGUAUUCUCAAAGUCUAAACUAACUUCAGUUAAGUUUAGAAUCGAUGGAAACGAUUGGAUGGAAAUGAAACACAUUUCGGGACCACUUUUUGUUCACAAAUGGCAACCAAAUGAAUACAAGUCUGGUCUCCAUUCCAUACAAGUUAUGGCAAUCGACACGGAUUAUAAUGAAAGAACAGUUGGACACGAGUUUUCAUUGGAUGGAUCUAAAGGUGAAUUUACUUUUGGUGGACGACUUAUGCUUAGAAUUGGCAACAAUUGGAUCGGUUACUUUAUAUUUUGUUUUGCAAUCGCCUCGAGUAUUGUUCCAUUAAUUUUAAUCAAAUUUUUACCAAACAAUAGCGUCAAACAACUGAUAGAAAAUUGUGAAACAAAUACAAUCAGAAGAUUUGUUUUUAAAUUAUAUUUAUUAACAAAUUUUAACAAAAUAUUGAUUCCAUUGAUAAUUAUUCCACUUUAUGCUACUUUCGGUCCAUGGCUUGUGGGCUAUCUAUUAGAUGAUCACUUGGGAGUUGUUUUUGUUUGGGGUUUGUUUGUUGACUCAUCAUAUUUACCGGGGGGUAUCAAUUAUAUGCUCGGAGCUAUUUUUAUACUUCUUUUCCAAAUUCCUAUAACAAUAUGUUUGUCACAUAUAAUCUAUAGUCGAUAUCAACAGUUAAUGACAUUAAACGGUUCCGGAUUUGUCCAAAUUUAUUGCCAUUUAAGACAUUUGUUUUUUGUAUUUUUCAUUAUAUGUCACAUUUUAUUUUCAAUAAUUUAUUACUUUGCUUACGGUUUAAUGGCAUACAUAUUAGGAUUUCUCAACACUUGGUCUUACAUUAUAUAUAUAAUUUUAUGGCAUAUGAGUACCCGUUUGACUACACAAUCAUUUCCGGAAGCAAUUCGUCCGAAAUAUAGGAAAUGCAAAGAAUUUGAUGAUUUAAAGGAUCAACAGAUGAUUCUUACGCGACCACCGAUUAGGAGACAAUAG